GCGAGAGCAGGAAUGGCGCGCCAGAACAGGUAAUGCAGGGCCAGGUUCCACAGGGGAUGGAAUUCUCCAUUCCAGCUCCACCGCUUCACACGCCUGAAGAUCAUGACAAGGAAUCGAUUAGCGGAUUUUGCUCCCGGGCGGAAGCUAUCCUGAAAGACAUCCAAGGCGCUGUGGAUCUAGCCGGUUCCAGAUCCUCCAGUCCGGGCUCGGUGCUUCUUCAGUGUCCUUUCGAUUACCGCCACACCAUGCCCGCCAGGGCGCUUCUCCAGCACUCGCUCCGGUGUCCUGCUUCGCCGCUUGGAUUGGACGAAGAGGCUGCUAGUCUCGUCGCGUCUCUCAGGUACUUACGCAAGGAAGUGCCGUUGGAACAGCAGCCAGAGCCACCGGGAGUAACGCAGGAAGAGACCAAAGAGAAGAUUUUCUUUGAUCCUUCUGGGACAAAGUUUUGGUACAGGGAUGCUCCUGGUCCCGUCUCGGCCGAUCAACCUCUCUCCCAUCAACAGCAGGCUGGUUUUCCAGAUUUGCCCGACUGUAUCAAACUAGAGCUUGAGGAUGAUCGACAGAAGCUACCGACGCUAGAACAGUUGGAUACUCUUUUGCCUUCUCAGUGCUGGCUUUUGCAAGAGGAGGUGAAGAGCUGGACAUCUCUCCCUCGGAGUUACUCGUGGAACGUUUUGAUAUCGAUCUUAGGAAUGAAGAUUGACAAGGAGAGGAUCGCAGGCUGGCUACUUCUAAACUCCGUUCGGCAUGGAGUAGUGUUGGAUCCCGUCCUGGCUCAUCAUCUUUCUGGACUGGUGACGCUGUUCUUGGCGUCCAUCAAAAGAGAAGCGCUUGGUACGUGGAAUGGUGACCGGAUCUCGAGACACAAAGUGAGUCAACUCAACUGUCCUGUGCUGCUUGAGUCUGGGAAUUGGCUGAUAUCUCAACUGUUUUGUUUGUAUCAACGACCAGCUGCUGGGGCCUUUAUCCUGGGACUGCUACAGAAUCUCCUAAUAUUGUCUGCUCGGCACUCGGCUCUUGACAAGCUUUCUAGUUCCGAACAGCAGCAUAACGAUGAGGAUGGUAGACAGCUAGCACGCUGUGACGUCGAACCCGUCGUCGAGGCUUUGCAAGAACGGACAGCUCUGGAAUGUUAUUUGAGAGCUCGGGUGUAUAUGAGCACCUUGACGAAUGCGAGAUGCUUAGAUGACUACGACGUUCUGGUGAGCAAGGCUGCUGAAGAGCGUCCGCAGCGAUCAGAAUAUAGACCACUUUUGGAGCACGAUGGUCUCGGUUGGCAGCGUUCACAGGCCGAGGAUUCCUCAAAGUCAAAGACGAAGGAGGAGCUUCUAGCGGACGAGAGAGAUUAUAAGCGAAGGCGUAUGUCCUAUAAAGGCAAGAAAGUGCGAAGAUCAGCAUCUCAGGUCUUGCGGGAUAUCAUUGAAAGCCACAUGGAGCAAAUCGUUGUAGCCGGGGGAAUUGGCUCUUUCAAAGGCCAAUCCUCUCGCAAGCCAGAGUCAACCAGAGAUGGUGGGGCAGACCACGCACAGACGCACGAGAAGAACAGGAGCAAAUAUGAUUACAGGGAUAAGAAAAACUACUCGAGGGAUACGGGGAAACAUUCCAGGGAUCGCGCGAGAUCAAGUGAGAGGUAUACGAGCAAAGACCGAAGUAACAAGUGGGAAAGUGACGCUGACCGGAGUGAUUCCCAUUCUAGCAGGGACAGAAGGGAGUCGUCAAAGCACCGAAGAAGAUGAGCUGCCGAGUAUCCUAUCAAGUCCUCGCAGUAUUGACCAAUUGGCUUGGUGAAAACUGCCACGAUCGAACUGAUUGUGGAAGACGUGCUGGUGCCGUUCUAUAUCCCUGGAAACAAG